AUUUUCCCGUUUGAGUCCGCCUUCUCACUAGAGCUCGCGAUUUAAUACCCUGGCGUAUCUUUUGAGAUUGGAAUGCAUUUCUUAAAGUCUUACUACAAAUUAGAUUUUAAUUUUGGAGACUCGACUGCAUCGCCAUUUGUCAUGUAUGAGCGGUUUUGAUAAAGGUGUUGUUAUUUUAAGGAUGGUGUUAGUGAGAAGAGUGGUGUGAAAGAAUGGACGUCUUGAGAGGGAAAUGGAAGGAAAAAUGCAUUCUGAACGUUUGCGCUCUGCUCAUAUUGUGCUGGUCAGUAGACCCCUCCCCCUCAGCACCACCACUUCCUACGACCCAGGAGUUUCAAUGCCCUGAGGGGAGUCAUUACCACACUGUUAACAGGACAUGCUGUCGAAAGUGCCAUGAAGGGUUUAAGCUGAAGGAGCACUGCACUAAGAACGGCGACAAUAGCUUAUGUGUCCACUGUGAAGAGGGCAGGACGUACCGAGAGAAGAGUAACUAUGCCAAGAACUGCCUCCGUUGUACACUCUGUGUUGACAAUGAGGAAGUGUUUUCACCAUGCAAGAAGAGUAAGAACACAGUGUGUCGCUGCAAAAAAGGCUUCUACCAAAACAGAAUAAACUCGGGAACACGGGAGUGCCUCCCUUGCAAGACAUGUGGACCUGGAGAGAGAGAAACGCAACUAUGUAAGGAAGAGAGUGACACCGUGUGUGAAUGUAAGGACUUCUACUUCCGAGACAAGAAAAGCAACAAGACCUGUCUUUCAUGCACAAUUUGUGAGCUGACUGCUGACUGCCAGCAGGAGUGUUCUUCAGGCACACAUCCCACUGUCGAUGGCAAAUCUGAAGAUACUAGAUGGGGUGUUUGGUAUCCCUAUCUGUUGGCUGCGUUCGUCUGUGUUUGUGUGUUAUUACUGGUGUUUGUGGGGAUCAUUGGCGUACUAGUGGUCCGACGGAAGCCCAAGGGGUCUAACUCCUUUCCCUCUGCUGAGAUCACCUCUCAGGUUUCUGAGACGUCUACUCGGAGGCUGAUCCAAGAGGACCCAGAGAAUGUUCUCAACCAGUGUAUCCCUUCAUGUAGCCCAGUGUGUGAGAGUGAACAGGAGCCCCUCAGCAAGCUACCGGACUGUGUCCCCAAGGAGAUCAAGAUCUCUGAGUUGAUCUACUCGGUGUUGGACCAAGUCCCCCCGUACCAUAUGAAGGAGCUGGUGCGUUCGCUGGGUGUGAGUGACAUCGUUAUAGAGAGGGCUGAGAAUGACCACCUCCGUGACACUAAGGAAGCCCAGUACCAGAUGCUGAGGGUCUGGGCUAAGGGAAGUGCUCAGGGAGGGGGAGGGGUGCUAGCGCGCCCUCUACUGUACCACCUGCUGGAUAAGCUGAGAGAUAUGGACCUGAGAGGGACUGCAGAGGAGCUGGAGACCAAGUAUGGAGAUCAGUAGAGGGAGAGAGAUGCAGACUGUAUAGACCAUGUAUGGAGAUCAGUAGAGGGAGAGAGAUGCAGACUGUAUAGACCAUGUAUGGAGAUCAGUAGAGGGAGAGAGAUGCAGACUGUAUAGACCAUGUAUGGAGAUCAGUAGAGGGAGAGAGAUGCAGACUGUAUAGACCAAGUAGGGGACCCAGGUUUCUCUUCUCUAUGUCGAAUCAAAAGAGAAACCGAGAGGGACCAAUACUAUUCAUCAUAUGUAUAGGAUAAUUAGGGGAGGGAGAGAGAGAUAGGGGAGGUGCUAAUGGGGAGAGAGAGAAGAUCAGCCACAUCCCUUUGUCCCUGACCUUACUUGUGUAGACCUGAGAGAAUAGGAUUGGUACAGUGUAAGCAAUAUGGUAGGAGUUCCACCUGGUCCAGAUCUGAUAGACCAGGUGGAAGUGUUGACAUGCUUUCACAAUAUGUCAUAAUGUAUUAUAUAACCUUUUGGCAAUGAGGCUGAUUAUUGAUUACCAACCGUACUGUUCUUGUAUGUUUUUCAAAUAUAUACAUAUAUAUAUUCUUUGCACAUUCGAACCAAUGAGGAAUCGUAUGUUUAUAAAAAUCAGUUUUAGACAGUGCUGUUUGUAAAACAGGCAAACUUGUAAUGUGUCACACACAGGUAUGAGAUCCACACUAACAAUUGAGUAAAAAACGCUGUGUUUAGGGUAAUACAGAUUUAACACCCAUCUAUAGUAUUACAGUUGUAUAUUACUGAGUAUUAUGUGGCGAUAGGUAGCCAGUAACUGAAAGGUUGCUGGUUCGAAUCCCUGAGCUGAUAAGGUGAAAUAAACUGGUCUGUGCCAUUGAGCAAGGCACUUAACCAUACUUGCUCCUGUAAAUCGCUCUGGAUAAGGAUGGCUAAAAUGUAAAUGUCAAAUGUAUUAUUUACUGGUGUUGCAGUAGUACUCAAGCUAAUAUUUAGAUAGGGAAGAUUAAAGCUAUACAGGUUCCUGUCUCUAUCUUGCAUUAAUCAACCACAAACAUAUCAAAAAUAUAUUAGCAUUAUAUGUCAUAUUUGAAGUCUUUGAAGUGGUUUUUAUAUGGUUAUUAAUGCUGCUUCAGUAGGAUGUUGUAUAUUUGAAUGGUUCUUUGAUAAGUUGUUGCUUGGACGUGAAGAUCAAACUAUUGUAAUUUUUUUUUUUUUUUACUACUGUCUUGAUGUGUUUUACAAAAUAAGUUAGGGAUGUAUCAAUCUGUCAUAUUUCUUUACUAUUCAGUGUGCAGUGCAUUCCUCCUCGAACAAUCACACCCAUCCAGGUUGUCUCUGUGCCGUGGUUUUGGAUCACCACAAGUGAUUGAUUCUUAUAUCUGUACAGUAAUAGUUGUGUCAGUACUGUUAGGGCACAGGCAGGUCUUCUGUAGGUGUUAUCCCUGAGUUAUUGACAUUCCUUAAAGCCUCAUCAUCAUGCCGCCAUUAUUCAGGAUCACUUAGUCAGAGGACACACCUGUCACUCUGCAGGGCUGACUGUUCUUUGGGAGACUUAACAUGGAAACUAGGGAUGGGUCGAUGGAUAGAUGGCACUCAAGUUUCUAGUUUUUAAUGUCAGGUGCACAAGUACAGUGAAAUGCCAUGUAUUGGAUUGUAUAAUAUUUUACAGCACUUUUUAACAUUGAAUUGUUACAGGUGAUUUUACUAAAGACAAACUAGUUUUAUUCUCAAAUCACAUACAGUAUAUGCAGACAUUGAUUUGUUUUGAUUAAGGUGGGGGAGGCGCUCAACAAAGUUGAUCAAUUGUAUAUAUUUUUUAAAUAAAGAAUCUCUUGUAAAAGUGA